AAGAUCAGUUGAUUAAACAACGAAGCGCUCGUAAACAUUCACAAACCACACGUUUCAAAAGUCUCAAGAUUCGUGCCUGAUAGCAAUAAUAUCUGAACGAUAUGUGAAACGCAUCGAAAAAGAUAGUUUCAGAAUGGAAUUACGCGAGUUUGGGAAGUGGUGGGGUUGGCUGAACUGUCGGAAAAUCGAGUUCGAAAACAGGUGUUUGAAGAUAAACUGGAAUGAGGUAUCGGUUGUUGUAGGCAACCGGCUUGGAGGUUCUCACGUACGACGGUAGUCCUUCUCAGAUUUGAGCUGAUAGAAAAGAGAUCGCGAUUUUCCGAAAUCGCCACAGCUGAUUUGCUUCUUUAUACCUUGUGUCUUGUUCCAGUAACAGUGAAUUCAACAUGUGUUCUCUUUGAGAUGAGAUUAGUGGCGACCGUUGUAAAUAAAUAAUCUGUGCGGUAAGAUGCCCCAUCAAUACGGGCUACCUGGAAUAGCCCAUGGACAAUCACCCCCAACACCUCCACCCCAGCAGGGGGCCAUGUACGGGGGCAGAUUUUCUGGCGCAGUGGUGCCUGGAGGCUACCGUGAAGACCGCAGGCUGACUAGGGAAGCAAUGGAAAGGUAUUUACGGGAUAGAUCAGAUAUGGUCAUCGUGAUCCUUCAUGCCAAAGUAGCCCAAAAAUCCUAUGGUAACGAGAAACGUUUCUUCUGUCCACCUCCUUGUAUAUACCUCUUCGGAGAUGGCUGGAGAUUGAGACAAGAGCAGAUGGCCAGAGAGGGUGAGUCUGAACAGGCCUCCCAGUUAUGUGCAUUCAUAGGAAUCGGUAAUUCUGACCAAGACAUGCAACAAUUGGACCUUAACAAUGGUAAACAGUAUUGUGCAGCAAAAACUUUGUAUAUAUCAGAUUCGGACAAACGAAAACAUUUUAUGCUCUCAGUGAAGAUGUUUUACGGUUCAGGACAUGAUAUUGGUGUGUUUCAUAGUAAAAGAAUCAAAGUUAUUUCUAAGCCUUCCAAGAAAAAACAGUCUCUCAAGAACGCAGAUUUGUGUAUAGCUAGUGGUACAAAAGUGGCUCUCUUCAAUCGGUUGAGGUCUCAGACUGUCAGCACAAGGUAUUUGCAUGUUGAGAAUGGACAUUUUCAUGCAAGUUCCACGCAAUGGGGUGCUUUUACAAUUCAUCUUCUGGAUGACAAUGAAUCAGAGAGUGAAGAAUUUCAAGUACGAGAUGGGUAUAUUCAUUACGGGUCCACUGUCAAAUUAGUUUGUUCAGUCACUGGAAUGGCUUUGCCUAGGUUGAUCAUAAGAAAGGUGGACAAGCAGCAGGCUCUGCUUGAAGCUGACGAUCCAGUCUCUCAACUUCAUAAAUGCGCCUUCUACAUGAAAGAUACAGAACGCAUGUACCUCUGCUUAUCUCAGGAACGCAUUAUACAAUUCCAGGCCACCCCAUGCCCCAAAGAGGCUAACAAAGAGAUGAUCAACGAUGGUGCAUGCUGGACUAUCAUUUCUACAGAUAAGGCAGAGUAUCAGUUCUACGAGGGUAUGGGACCUGUAAGGUCGCCUGUAACUCCCGUGCCGAUCGUCCAUAGCCUCCAUUUGAAUGGAGGAGGUGAUGUUGCAAUGUUAGAGUUGACGGGAGAUAAUUUUUCCCCCUCUCUUCAAGUUUGGUUUGGGGAUGUUGAAGCCGAAACUAUGUAUAGGUGUCAGGAGUCUAUGCUUUGCGUUGUUCCAGACAUUUCACAGUUCAGGGGAGAAUGGCUUUGGGUACGUCAACCAACCCAAGUUCCUGUAUCUCUGGUAAGAUCUGACGGUAUUAUUUAUGCUACGGGUUUAACCUUUACAUACACUCCCGAACCGGGACCAAGACCUCAUUAUGGCCCUGCUGACGAAGUUAUGCGAAGUGGGACCUUACAACAACAAAAUUCUGAACCCACUUGGGGUCAGCAACAUUCAACAAAUAUGCAUUAAAUAUUUGAUCAAGUUUAGGUUGUGAUUGUAGUAAAGGUUAAUUUCCGAUGACAAAUUGAUGGUCGAAAAAAAUUAUUGUUGUCUUGGUGGUAUUGAUCUUUGAAUUUUUAAGUUCUUCUUUCAUAAGCAUUUUGAUAGAAAAUAAUGAUUUUUCUAUAAUAAUAUGUACAUAUAUAGAAAUAAAUCUAUGUAAAAAAUUGUUUAAAAUGUUAUGGAAUAUACAUUUUAUUGUAUAUACAUAUUCAAUGUUCAAGGUUGAGUAGAAUGUGGGGUAUUAAAAUGAACAAUACAUUUUUCACAAAAUAAGUAGGUAUUUUCAGUUUCAUCUCUUGUUUCAGAAGAACUCAAAUUCAAAGAAAAAAUAAAUAUAUUCCCAAGAUAUAUUUAUGACAAAAAUUCCAUAUUUAUUCCGCAAUAAUUUUGUUAUGCAAAAAUUAAAAUGCAAUAUUUGGAGAUACUCUUAGUAUUAUCCUGUGAUUUAUCUUUCAGUAUUUAUUUAGAUAAAUUACUACUAAGACAACAUCAAUUUUUUUUUAUUUUUCAAUGAAAAUGAAGUAACAUAAUAUGAACUUUCAAUAAAUUCACAUUUUUCAUUUUGAUUGUUAUAUUCUUGAAUAAGUAAAAAUACAAAAUGAAAACUACCACAGAAUGCAUUUAAUAGUGUACAAUAAUGGUUACACUGACACUGUAGAUUCUUUAGACCCAAAUUUUUUAAUGUAAAAUCUUACACAAGGGAUUUUGUGGGAAUUUUCCUUUUGCAUGAUAUUUUUACUUAUCGAGAGUGAAUUUCCAUCAACCAAUAAUUUGUUCUAUACUUGAGAACACACAAAGGAUGCUCAAAUUUUUAAAUAUCUAGUAAUUAUAAUUCAAGGGACACAUGCAUGUCAAGCCACAUAUUUUUUAAAUUUGAAUACUGUUAUUAUUCUUAUUAACUAUUAUUACACUUAAUUGUUUCAUUUUGCAUUGUUCAGUACAUUCAUUUUAUAUUUGAUGAAGGAUAAUUAUGGCAUAUGUGACUUUUUCUUUCAUUUCUUUCUGUGGAUUCUGAAACAGUGUUGAAAAAAAAACAUGUUUGACCAUUCUUUGGUAUCAAUCAAGUUUUGAGAUAGACAGUUUUGGUAAUAUUUUUUUCAACAAGAACAUAAAUAUGGAAUUCUGUUUUUUUUUAAUUUGAAAGUUCAGUUAUUUGUUUCUUAUAGUGAUUCUCAGAUUUUGAAUCUGUUUCUUCGUGAUGUGAUAUUUAUUUGAUUGACUGCAAGAGACAUUAAUCAUUGAAAACAAUUUUAAUGCAAUUAGUUCCCAGACAUUUAUGUCCGUUUUUAAAUACUCCGGUACGAUCGAAUCAAAGUAAACUUUCGUAUGAUUACGAAUGAUUUUAAUCCUAAGAUGAAGUAUUUUUGUUGCCUCUCUUUUAUAUAUUUUGGUAUUUGUUGACGUUAUUUUUUUAUUCGCUAUUAUUUCCGAAGAUUUCUUAGCAUAGUUAUAUAUACCAAAGCAUUUACGUAAGGUAAUCAAUACAAUGAAUAACCUUUUGCUCAUUUAAAUCUUAAAGAAGUGAAAUCUGAUGAUUUAGAAAAUAACUAAUUAUUUCUGGAAAGUGAAUUAAUUUUUUUGAGUAAUUUUUUAAUAUUGUCAUAGAACACAUCGAAUAUUAGACUAGGAAAAAAAUUUUGUACAAAGUUUUGCAGAGAGUAUAAUUAUUAAUAUAAAUUUGAAUAUCUGUACAGUAUGCUGCAUAUUUUAUAGAAAUACAGAAUAAAAUAUUUAGUAAUA